UGCCGCCAUUGUGUGCUGAUUGCAAAUGCUCGAUGAUCGAUGAAUACGAAGAUCAGACGCGGCUAGAACUGUGAACAGGGUGUGUUUGCCUGAACUGAGAGUACGAGAGGAGAGGGACAAAUGUCAGGCUUUAAAUUAGGCAUCGUACGGCUGGGCAGAGCCGCCGGAAAGAUUAAAUAUGCUCUUCUAGAUGAGAGAGACAUUGGGCUGGUGGAAAGAUAUGCAUUUGAAGCUCAAGUUGUAGUCGACAAAGAUGGGAAUGGUGCUAAGAUUUACGCCUAUGCCUACGACAUAAAUAGAGGGCGCUGUGCUGGGAUGUUUGUCCAGGAUUUACUGUGGGAGUUACACUGUGGAGGUAUAGCACCAGGAUAUAAAGUCAUCCACAGGAAUGGUGUCACGGUGGACAAUAGGAUGGAGAACCUGACGCUAGUCCCAAUCAACUGCAAGUCUCCGGCCAUUGAGGAACCUUCCACCAAGACCAACAGAGAGCAGAGUUUGUACUGGGUAGCCAUACAGCAGCUGCCAGCUGACCCUAUAGAUGAGAAUUACCCAGAAUCCUUGUAUCACAGGUUUUAUAAUGCCAAUGGAGACCAGAUUGAGGAGGAAGAUGACAGCAGCAUGUAUUACGAGUGCCAUUACCCCCCCUGUACAAAUAUAGAGAAAGAACUGAGAGAGUUCAGUAUAUGUGGCAGGUGCCAGGAAGUCAGAUACUGUGGGACAUACUGUCAACAAAAAGACUGGCCUAGUCAUAAAAGACACUGCAGAGAGAGGCGAAGGUUUACUAUCAUACGCUCUAUGUCUCCAGAAAGAUGAAAUAACAUCAGACUCUCAUAUAAGCCAAUCAAACAGCAUUACCUAGUCACGUGUUACAGUACUAUAGGUGGCAGUAGAUGAAAAAAAGAAAUGCAAGAGGCGCUUUAUUCAAAGCUGAAGAUUAAAAAAAAUUGAUACCAAAGUUACAAAAGGCAGCUGCCUCUAGGAUGUCAUCCAGUUAACAAUGGUGCUGAAGACUUCAGUGAAACAGCUGUCCCCUGUGUGAAUACAGACACACACAGAGACUGAGUUCAUAGACGGACAUGAGUUCAUAGAUUUACAUGCAAUUAUAUUGUCAUUUGCCAGCAGAUAUUUCUCUGUGUCUCUGGACAGAAGAUCUCAAGCUGCCAAAGACUUGUGUAUUCAAUGGAUUUUGUCUUUGGGGCAGUAAGAUUAGAUGAGACAUUUUGUUUACUUUUCCUGUCAUAGCAUCUUUGUAUUGUUGAUUUGUGCCUCCUGUUGUCCCAGUGUGAUGCUUAUCAUCACUGCGGUUGCAGAUGGUCUCCCACCUCAUCAUGUCACUAUGGAGGAUAUUACUCUGACACUAAAUACUGAACAGUUGUAAUGGCAACUCUGUGGAAUAUACCACUUCACACUUUUUACUUGAUAUUUAUAAAGGUAACUCAGCUAUAUUUGCCAUCUCCUAUAGACUAUAUCUGUGGUUUAGAUUAAAUGCUUGAAAUUAUUAUGUUGACAUGGAUGUCCAGGCACCAAGCUGUGUGGUUAUUGCUCCCCUACUCCUCCUCUCCCCCCCCCCCCCCCCCCCAUGCCAGCAGAGUGUGGAUUAAACAAGGACAUGGCUGAUGCCAAGGCUAUAGUCUGUAGUCAUUCCAGUAGAAGACAGGGAGACGGUAAACUUAAAUUACUCAGCAUUACACUGACGUUAUGCACAACUACUAUUACAGUACUAGCAGGGACCUCCCAGGCUGGGUUUGGAGAAGUUGACACAUACAAAGCCACUAGUCUUCUGUGUGAAUAUUUUAUCCAUCAUGUAGUCUGAGGUGUCUGCACAGCUGGUCUUCAUUGGGAAAGUCAUCCCCUAUGCUUUAUCAUGUAGUCUGAAUUCUCUGUACAGCUGCUCUGGACCAUAGUCAACAACAGAAAGGUGCUCAGAUGUUAUUUGUGGUUCACUGUUUGUCUUAUUAAAUACCUAAUUCUCAGAGUCUAAAUAUAGUCUAUCAGACAAUAUGUCAGCAUUCUGGGGAUCUCUGUUUUAUGACUUUUGUCCAAGGAGGCAGUUUUGUCUCAUCUCCAGCCAGAGUCUAAAUGUAGUCUAUCAGACAAUAUGUCAGUGUACUAGGGAUCUCUGUUCUAAGACUUUUGUCCAAGGAGGCAGUUUCGUCUCUUCUCCAGCCACUCUAGUGUUCUAGACAUGAAAAUCUCUAGUGGGUACCUGUAAAUCAUAUAUUAUACUACGGGUUGAGGAUCAGAUGUUGUUCUUUUAAGUGUAGUGUGCAAUAGUGAUGUCACAUUUUGGAUCAGUUGUUGCCAUGACACAUUGGUUCUUCCAAGUCAAAAGUGGAGGUUGAUUUCUUCUUUAUGUUCAUGCAGGUUUAUUAUAAUUUCAGCUCUCAUUGCAAACUUACCAAGACAUAUUUAUCUUUCCAACUUGAUUUCUGAAUUUUGAAUGUUGUUGCUGGCUUCCAGUUUUUCUUCUUCUUUAUAUUUCAUUUAAAAUCUUACGAUAUUAAGUUAGAAAUUGCAUCUUUAUGAAACAUAAUUUUGCUUUAUUUGAUUUAGUUACACAUGUACAUGUACAGCUAAGCACAAUUACAAAGUUUAUGUACAAUGUAUAAAUUAAAGAUCAUUUAUAUUCUUAUUUCUUGAAACAAUGCCAGCAUUUGUAUUGCCAGAGUGUUGUCUCCAACAUAACUAUGUAACAACAGGGUCAGUAGUUAACAUCAUGUGAACAUGUUCUCAAGUCCUCAAGCAAUGUUUAAAAAACAGCGGAGGAAAGAUUUACUGAAAGCCACCACGGAUAGAUGGGGGCUUUACUAUAAGUCCAGGUUAAAGUAUAUAUAUUUAUCUUAAUUUAUAAUUUGAUUUGGUUAAAACUAAAUUGUCUCGUGCAAAGACUUACUUAUAAUUUUGUGCUAUAUAUUUGUCUAAUGAUGUCACAACUGUUAGUACUGUAGUUGUCAGCUGACAACAGAAGGAUUUCAGUAAUAAUUUUACUUUUGUUAUAUAAUAUGGUAGUGCUUAAUGUUGCUCUUUCUAUAACUGUUUUGUCAACCUUUUAAGUGUUAACAGAAACUUCAGAUAGUUUAAUUUAUAGGAACUGUUAAAAAUUUAUCAAUUAUUAUGUAAUAGGUAAUUUUCUGCCAUUCAUUAAUAUUUAUAUCUUUGCCAAAUUGAUAAGCUUUAUGGUUAUUUUGUCUUUUUCCCUGAGGGUGAGUUGUGGAUUUUCAGAGUUCAGCAGAUUUUGAUAUUAAAGCAGGUGGUUGGAAAUAAUU